CUUUUUUCCAACCCAACAAAUACCACUGUUCCCGUCUUCGAACAUGGCCCUGAAUCCGCCAUCGAAACGCAAGGCAGCUUUGCCGGGCCCGUCGAGACCUGAAAAAUCUUCCACCGCGUCCCGAAAACGCACUAAAAUGUAUGAUGCGCGUACUCUCGCCGUGCAGUCUGCCGAUGCUGCUCUGUCCGCGACGGGUGAACUCAACGUCGCCGCUUAUGUUGAGGCACGAGAAUUCGAGAUCCGCUCCUUGGAAGAGGGCAUGCAGCGAUCGAAGUCGGCGCUCACGACCCGUGCGUUUCAGAAAGUACCGCGUUCAUUGAGAAGGAGGACGGCCAGUCACAAUGUGAAAAGAGUUCCGAGCAGACUGAGAGCAAGGGCAAAGAGAGAGAUGAUCGAAGACAAUACCCCAACGGUGACAGCCCGUCGACGCAAACCAACUCAGCUUAUGCGCAUCCGUCUCGAGACCGCUCGACGUCUUCAAGGUCUCAACGCCAAAACCAAAGCCAAACGUGCAGCCUCAAAAGCAAAACGGGAUAAAGAAACCCAGGAAGUCUUGGAAGAAACCGGGAGUCAUGCGUUUGAGAUCGCACCCCGUGUGCCUAAAAUCAAGAAGAACAAGCUCUCCAGACCACCCCCUCCGGAGGCUAAGUUCCAGAAACGCCAAAGGAACAAGACAUGGUUGCCCACACACAUGUUCCACGCGAAGCGUGCACAUAUGACACCGUCCGGAGAUCCAUUGUGGAGAUUUGCCCUGCCUCUGUCGCCGACGGAGAAGAGCUAUAGACCUUCUCACCGGGCGCGAGGGGCGAGGGGUGCUGUGGCAUGGGAUAUGAGUUACAUGUCUACGAUUCAGUUGGAAGGAACUGAACCCGCCCUGGAGACCGUGUUGAGAGCGGUAGGGGUUGAUGGAGAGGAGGCAUGGGGUGCCAAAGGGAGGAGGUGGAGAGCUGGAACGAGGGCGCUGGAAACCUGGGUUUUUGAAAAGGGGAAUGAUGGCCCAGUCAGGCCUCUUGCACCGGUUACACUUAUCUGGCGUGCUCGAUCGAAGUCAGAAGAUGUUGAGAUGGUUGAUAUCGGCGAUUCCAAACAGAAACGGAAUCGGGAAAGGCUCUUUAUCCGAAUCCACCCAUCUGCAUUCCUACAGCUAUGGAAUGAUCUGCUCGAAGUUUCAAAAAGACAGAAUCCACCGGUGAUGAUUGAGGAUCUUCGUUUCGAAAUCGGCAGCAUUGAAAUUGCAGGCCCGGGAGCAACGGAGGCAUUGAUUGCUACCCUGCAGCCUUUAAUGGGUGAUCGGAAGGAGACCGAUACUACAGAGUCUACAUGGUCAUCCCUCUUGGGAGUGACGAAUCCUUCCUCUCUACCGCAAAAUGCGCUUCUUGCCUUCUCCAUUUCUGAUCCUCGACUUCACUUCCCGCCCAAAAGACUUACGAUUCCAAACGAUGAUACGCACAUGAAUAAUCUUGCUGUCUUGCUAUCGUCAUGGCCACCGGACAAGGCCCAGAGCGUAGCUGCCCUCUUCGAUCGUCCUUCGCGUUUAUCUGCUGUUCGUCGUUUACCUAGCCAGAAAGCCAUCAGCCGCCGGCGCACCCUUGCGGGUCCAGGGACCUAUCCUCCAUCCCAACCCACUGACCCCGAAAUUCCAGUAAUACUCCUCGCGUCUAGGCCGAAGGCUCGUUCCCCAAAGAAUGGCAACAGCAAUAACAAUCUCUCAGGAACUUGGACCGUCCUUUUACCCUGGAAGUGCGUUCUCCCUGUUUGGUACUCCCUGAUGUACUGCCCGCUUUCAAGCGGGAGUGUUCCUCGCUUUGGCGGCCUGAAAGAACAACAGCAGCUCGCAUUCGAGGCUGGGGAACCUUGGUUUCCAGGUGAUUUCCCGGGGACGCGAGCGGGGUGGGAAUGGAAUGUACGCGAACAGCAAGAAGCGAAGAAGGAAUGGGAGCGAAAGCCCAAGGGGCGGAGGGUCGAAUUCGAGAGUCUCGACUUGGGCAAUGGCAAGAAAGGUGAAAUCGGAAUGGGUUGGGCAUGUGAUUGGGAGAGGCUGGUACAAGAAUCGAAUGGAACAGUUAGGGAGGGAGCUGAAAAUGAUACAGUCCCACCACUGAAUAUCCAUCAACUCCCACCUGAAGUCACCAGUAGUCUCCUCAACAGACCUACUCCAUCUUCCAUCCCCGACAAUAGAACCGCCCUAGCAACAGUCAAAAUCUCCCUUCUGAGCCGAGGAACUCCAACCCCACGAGCACGCAUUUAUCGUCUACCGACCACAAAUCCAGAACUCCGGCAGAAAUGGCUGGAUCUCGCAUCCUCACAAUCAGCCCAAAAACAAAAACGGAAACAACCUGAUGGCUUGCAAACCUCUUCAAUGUCCACAUUAACACGGGAAGAAGUGCGUCAACGUCUAGCCGCCUCCCUGAUAUCUCCGCCUGUUUCGGAUAAAAAGAAGGAGAAGGGCAGCCAUCUUCCACUGCCGUCUGAAGAAGACUUGAUCGGCUUCGUCACGACGGGGAAUUACAAUCUCUCCGAAGGGAAGGGUACGGGGAUCGGGUCGAUUCUGUUAUGGAAGGCCCUUGUAGGAGGGGACAAGGAGGAGAUUCCUUCUCAAAGACGGAAAAAUAUGUGCAUUAUUCGUGGUUCGGGAGAGAGAGUUGGCAGAUUGGGCGUUUGGGAGGUUAUUUAGGAGGCUCUUCAAUUAUCAUCAAUACAGCUGUCGAUGUUA